GUCACCAACUAUGGAGAGAUUGAGUGGAUGUCACACGACGAGCUUCGGUGGAUCAUCAACGUGAACCUCUCGGGAACCUUACGCUUCGUUAAAGAGGGCAUCCCUCACCUUCGUCGAAGCAGGGGAAGACUCGUAAUCAUGUCCGGCGUUCAAGGCAGGUUCGCCAUACCAGGGGCCGUCGCUGCAUCCACCGCCGCGGCCGGUAUCUGCUCGCUCGCCGACGGCCUUCGCAGAGAGCUGUUCAAAUGGCGCGUUAACGUCUCCACCGUCGAGCCCAUGCUCUACAAGACCCGCAUCACCGACCCCGAGAACGUGAAGAUCGGCGUGAACGAGGUCAUCAACAGGAUGAGCCCGAUCCUAAAGGAGGAAUACGGACAAGUGUAUUUGGACACCUUUAAAACCAUUAUCCCAAAGAGGAUGCAGAAGUACAUGCACGUUAACCUUAACGACGUUUCCAAGGCCAUGCACUGUGCACUUACGGACCCUGUACCCAAGGCCCGGUACAGAUGCGGCAGCAGCGACCUCGCCCUGUGCACACUUCUGGAACUGUUGCCCAUGGAACUUGUGGAUAGUUUUUUCGUCAGCUUGUUUCAGCCGCGAUCCAAGUUUAAAACCACUCUUAGUACCAUCACAGCCCCGAUGUCCAUCAAGGACACCUUGUGA